AUGUUAAUAGGCUUCCGAAAAAUUUCACUUCGAUCAUGCCUUGCACUUCGUGUAAUAGCUGUUAAUGGAAUUGUAAACCAAUCGACAGCAGUUGGGAAUUUAGACCAUAAACCAAAUGGUAAUAAUGAAUCUGUCGAAGUGAAGCCAUUCAGUGAAAUACCUGGACCCAAGGGUUUACCCUUGAUUGGCUCUUUACUGACUGUACUUAAAAAUGAUGGAUAUUAUAUAAAGAAAACACAUUUAUACAUGAUUAUGAAUGCUAAAAAAUAUGGUCGAAUCCAUAAAGAUAAAAUGGGUAAUUUCGACGAAGGGGAAGAGUGGCGAAGAUUUAGAAGCAUUUUGGAUAAAAAGCUUUUAAAAGUCAAAGAUGUUAGUGCAUACAGUGGUAGAAUGAAUGAUGUCAUUACGGAUUUAAUCAACUAUUUAACUAAGAAACAACUGGAAGAUGACCUAAAUGGAGAAAUCAGCAAUCUGAGAGACUGCUUAUACAAAUGGUCUUUUGAAACUAUUGGCACUAUUCUAUAUAAUAAAAGGCUUGGAACGCUUCAAGAUCCUCCUAAUCCCAUUGCUGAAAAAUUUUAUCAUAGUGUAUGUUUAAUGUUUGAACAAAGUAACGAUCUGGCACCAAUACCUCCAUAUUAUAAGUAUUUUAAAACUAAAUAUUGGAAAGAUUAUUGCCAACUCUGGGAUACGAUGUUUGAGAUUGCAGAGCAACUCAUCAAUGAAGAACACCAGAGACUGCAACAAAUUAUGCAGGAUAUCGCUGAUAAAUCAGUUGACCUUCGUCGCAGUGAAGAAUUAGAAUUUUUACCUUAUGUUCUUUUACGAGGAGAAUUAAAUUCUGAUGAAAUCGUAGGAAAUAUUAUAGAUUUGAUGAUUGCGGCAGUAGACACGUCGGCCAAUACAAUGCUGUGGACUUUAUACAUAUUGGGAAAAAAUCCUGAAAUACAAGAAAAGUUAUACCAAGAAGUAAGCAAUGUAUUAAAGAAAGGGGAAUAUCCAGAUAGUGGAGCUAUUCAAAAGAUGUCUUACUUAAGAGCCCUAAUAAAAGAAACUCAACGCAUGUAUCCAAUCCUCCCUGGUGUACCUCGCUUCAUUGACACGGAUAUAGUCCUUGCUGGAUAUCGAAUUCCCGCUAAUACUAGGAUAAUGGCUGGAUUUUGUGUAAUGUCUUGUGAUGAAUCGAUUUUCGAUGAACCGACAAAGUUUAAACCAGAGCGAUGGAUUAGGUCGCCCUCCAAAAGGCGUUUAGACCCAUAUAUUUAUACAGCAUUUAGUUUUGGGCCUAGGAUGUGCAUUGGUAGACGCGUAGCGGAAUUGCAAAUGCAGCUACUGAUAGCAAGGUUAAUUUCUCAAUUUCGCGUGGAAUGCCGAAACACUGGUGAAGUUGGCCAGAUAAUUAGAACGGUAGCUUCCCCAGAGACGGAUAUUCGAAUUGCUUUAGAACCAAGAAUCAACUAG